AUGUCGUUAACCACGAUGAUCAAGGACGAACAGGGCCGUCCUUUCAUUGUAGUCAGAGACCAGGGGAGGAAGAGGCGUCAGUACGGUAACGAGGCAGUCAAAUCCCACAUCCUCGCCGCACGAACCGUGGCCAACAUCGUCAAGACCUCUCUUGGACCCCGAGGUCUCGACAAGAUCAUCAUUUCUUCCGAUGGCGACAUUACGAUCACGAACGACGGCGCCACGAUUAUGCAACAAAUGGAGAUUAGCAACCACGUAGCCAAGUUGCUCGUGGAGCUUUCCAAGUCGCAGGAUGAUGAAAUUGGCGAUGGCACCACCGGUGUAGUUGUUCUGGCUGGCGCUUUGCUGGAGCAGGCUGCCGAUCUCAUUGACAAGGGCAUCCACCCUAUCCGAAUCGCCGAUGGCUACGACCAAGCCUGCGACAUUGCGGUUGCCGAGCUUGACAACAUCUCGGAUAAGAUUGAGUUCACAAAAGACGACACUGCCAACCUAGUCAAGGUUGCCCACACCAGUCUGGGCAGCAAGAUCGUAUCCAAGGCUCAUGAUCAAUUUGCCAAUAUUGCUGUCGAUGCUGUUUUAUCGGUCGCCGACCUGGAGCGCAAGGAUGUCGACUUUGAGUUGAUCAAGGUUGAUGGUAAGGUCGGUGGUUCUCUCGAGGACUCUAUUCUCGUAAAGGGAGUCAUCAUCGACAAGGACUUUUCUCACCCCCAGAUGCCCGACGAAGUCAAGGAUGCCAAGAUUGCCAUCCUUACCUGCGCAUUCGAGCCCCCGAAGCCCAAGACGAAGCACCAUCUCGACAUCACGAGCGUUGAGGAAUUCAAGAAGCUACAAAACUACGAGAAGGAGAAAUUCAUUGAGAUGAUUGACCAAAUAAAAGAUACCGGCGCCAAUCUCGUCAUUUGCCAGUGGGGCUUCGAUGACGAGGCCAACCACUUGCUUCUACAGAACAAGCUUCCCGCUGUCCGCUGGGUAGGAGGCCCCGAGAUCGAGCUUAUUGCUAUUGCCACGAACGGACGUAUCGUUCCGCGAUUCGCGGACCUCACGGCCCAGAAGCUGGGCUACGCGGGUAUUGUUCGGGAGAUGACUUUUGGCACGACGCGGGAGAAGAUGCUGGUCAUCGAAGAAUGCGCCAACACAAGAGCUGUCACUGUAUUCGUGCGUGGAAGCAACAAGAUGCUCAUCGAUGAGGCUAAGCGAUCGCUGCACGACGCUCUUUGCGUUGUACGCAACCUGGUCAAAGAUAACCGCGUUGUGUAUGGCGGUGGUGCUGCCGAAAUUGCUUGCUCUAUCGCCGUUGAGGAUGCCGCUGCCAAGACGGCCGGUUUGGAGCAAUACGCAAUGCGGGCAUUCUCCGAGGCCCUCGAUGCGAUCCCCAUGGCCCUGGCCCAGAACAGCGGUCUCAACCCUAUCUCGACACUGGCAGAAAUCAAGAGUCAGCAGGUCAAGGCUGGUCCUGAAAGCCGCGGCAAGCUUGGUGUGGACUGUAUGGGCCGCGGGAGCAACAACAUGAAGGAGGCUUUUGUGAUUGAUCCUUUGAUUGGCAAGAAGCAGCAGCUGCAGCUAGCCACACAGCUGUGUCGCAUGGUGCUCAAGGUAAACAAUGUUAUUAUCGCAGGCUCGGACGACAAUGAAUGGUAA